GCUGCCCGAGCUUCUCCCUCCCUCCCGCCGCCGCUGGCUGGGAAACUCCAGUUCCCCCCCGGGCCCAGCUCCCUCCGGACCCGCUGCCCAGGGGGGCCGCUACCUUCCGCCUCCCUCCUCCUGCCCGACCGCUGGCCAGGUUGCCUCGUACCCGCGGAUCGGCAUCUCUCGCCCCCUCCCCCCAGCGGCGCAUGCUCUGCCGGGCCCCCGGCCGCGCGGACACCCGGUAGUUCCCCCCCCCCGGGCUGGGGCGCCCCUCCGUGCCUGGCCUCGGGUCCCCAGCUCCUGGGGCGACGCCCCAGGGACCUCCCCCACGCUGAGCGCCCGGGACGCCCCGCAGCUCCCCAGGGGCUGGGUGCGGAGGGGCAGCCGGGGGCCCGCUGCCCCUACCGGGGGGAGCGGCUGAGACGCCCCGCGGAGGAAAGGGGGCCCCGGCAGAGGCCGCGGAGCCGGUCCCGCCCCGCCCGGCGGCGCCAUGUCCAGCGAGGAGAGCUACCUGGCCAUCCUGCGCUACCUGACCAACGAGCGGGAGCCCUACGCGCCCGGCACGGAGGGGAACGCCAAGCGCAAGAUCCGCAAGGCGGCCGCCUGCUACGUGGUGCGCGACGGGACCCUCUACUACCAGCGGCGGCAGCGCGACCAGCAGCGCUUCGCCGAGCUCGAGGUGGUGCUGCAGGCCGAGCGCCGCGCCCGCCUCAUCCGCGCCGCCCACCUCGGCCCGGACGGCGCCCACCGCACCCGCCUGCAGACCUGGCAGGGGCUCUCGCAGCGAUACUGGUGGCGAGGUAUUCUUAAGCAAGUUAAAGAUUACAUUAAAGAAUGUAGCAAGUGCCAGGAAAAGCUAGAUCGUUCUAGAUCCCUGUCAGAUCCUUCUGAAAUGCUGGAGGAGCUAGGACUGGACACAAGAUCUCAUGAAGACAGUAAUGAAACAGAUGAUGAAUUAAGUAACACUGCAUCAGUCCCAGCUGCAUCACCAAAACCUGUGAAAAAGAAACCAAUAGCAAAACAUGAGCUUGUAUUUGUUGAUAGUAAAGGCCUUGUGAAGCAGUCUUCUUCAAAACAUUCUCUGUCAGUUUUAAACCAACUGAACCAGCAGAGGCUUUCCAAUCAGUUCUGUGAUGUUACUCUGUUGAUUGAAGGAGAAGAGUAUAAAGCGCACAAAUCUGUCUUGGCAGCCAACAGUGAGUACUUCCGGGAGCUUUUCAUCGAAAAGGGAGCUGUCUCCAGUCAUGAAGCAGUAGUGGAUCUUUCAGGUUUUUGCAAGACAAGUUUCCUCCCUUUACUGGAAUUUGCUUAUACCUCAGUGUUAACUUUUGACUUCUGUAGCAUGGCAGAAGUUGCCAUGCUAGCCCGGCAUCUCUUCAUGUCGGAGGUCUUGGAAAUCUGUGAAAAUGUGCACAAACAGAUGGAAGACAAACAAAUCACAGUGUACCAAAAGGGAGAUAUUCACACUGUAGAGUCUACACAGAGUUUACCGGAGCAGAAUGCAGUUGAAACGCAGCCUGUGGAUAGUGUUGAACAGCCUUUAUCUACGGAAGUGGUAAACAGUGAAGUAGUAGCAACUAUGAAUGGAGCAUCUCCCAGUACUGGACAAGAGGAGGCAAUAGCACUGCAGUCUGACCCUCAGACUUCAGAGCCUACAGGGGAUAUAACUGAUAGUCUUUCAGAGCCUACAGUACAGCCUGUUUAUAGUGAAACAACUGGAAAUGAAAUAAAAAUAGAAAUGGUACAGAGCAUUGCAAAUAACAUUGUUUCUGUCAUGCAGUCUGAGCCUCCAGUGGCAGAGGACAUGGAAACAUGCUCUCCAACAGAAGUUGAGACUGAUCAAAAUGAGAGCAGCACAGCAAAUGCAGAAAUCACUUCCGAAGAGUCUUUAGAAGCACUUACGCAAAAACGUGGCAGGCCAUGUAAUGCAGAGGGCACUCCAGUAUCACAACCUGAGAGAAUCAUUUGCAGCCAAGAUGAUACUUAUAAAAGCAAACUUCGUCAGCGUUCUGUUAGUGAGGGUGGAUAUAUCAGAUUGCACAGGGGAAUUGAGAAAAAGCUACAGAAUAGGAAGACAAACCCCAAAUCAGCAAUACAGCAGGUUGCCAUGAAGUUAGUGCAAAGAGGGAAGAAGAUGAAGCAGCCCAAAAGAGAUACCACAGAGAACAAUGAGGUGGAAGCUCAGAUCAAAUGCACUGAAUGUGGGAUGGUUUUUCAGAGGCGUUAUUCGCUUAUAAUGCAUACACUGAAACAUGAAAGAACUAAAGAUUACAAAUGCCCGCUAUGUAAAAAAGAGUUCCAGUAUGGUGCCUCUCUACGUGCUCACCUUGUUCGACAUACCCGAAAAAAUGAAGUGAGCACUGCGACUGCUAGUAUAGAAGAGACAGGAGCGUCAGCAGUGAAAGGCAGAACUAAGCGGGAGUUUAUAUGUGAUAUAUGUGGAAGAACUCUACCCAAGCUCUAUGCUCUCAGAAUACAUAUGCUCAAACAUACAGGUGUAAAGCCACAUGCAUGCAAGGUCUGUGGAAAGGCAUUUACCUACAAGCAUGGAUUAAAAAUGCACUUGGCUCUCCAUGAGACACAGAAGCAGUUCAAAUGUGACUUGUGUGAAAAGUCUUUUGUCACAAAACGGAGUCUUCAGGAACAUAUGAGCAUUCACACAGGAGAAUCCAAGUAUCUUUGCUCCAUUUGUGGGAAGUCUUUUCAUAGAGCCUCAGGACUUAGUAAGCACAUAAAGAAACACCAGCCAAAGCCUGAAAUUCGUGGAUAUCAGUGUACUCAAUGUGAAAAAAGUUUCUAUGAAGCUCGGGAUCUCCGGCAGCACAUGAACAAGCAUCUUGGUGUGAAGCCAUUCCAGUGUGAGUUCUGUGGGAAGUGUUACAGUUGGAAGAAAGAUUGGUAUUCCCAUGUGAAGUCCCAUUCUGUCACAGAUCCGUACAGAUGUAAUGUGUGUGGCAAAGAAUUCUACGAGAAAGCUUUGUAUAGAAGACAUGUAAAGAAAGCCACUCAUGGGAAGAAAGGGAGAGCAAAGCAAAAUCUGGAACGUGUGUGUGAGCACUGUGGAAGAAAAUUCACCCAACUGCGAGAAUACAGACGACACAUGAAUAAUCAUGAGGGUGUUAAGCCUUUUGAAUGUCUGACUUGCGGAGUAGCCUGGGCUGAUGCACGUUCCUUGAAGCGUCAUGUGAGGACACAUACUGGAGAACGACCAUAUGUCUGUCCAGUAUGCAAUGAAGCUUACAUAGAUGCCCGGACGCUACGGAAGCAUAUGACCAAGUUCCACAGGGAUUAUGUACCUUGCAAAAUUAUGCUGGAAAAGGACACCCUUCAGUUUCAUAACCAGGGGACCCAGGUGGAACAUGCCAUCAGUAUUUUAACAGCAGACAUGCAAGAACAAGAAACCGAGAUUAGCAUUGGCAGUGAGGAGAUUGAGACUGUGGUAGUGGCAGGAGAAACAAUUGAAGCAGUUGCAGCUACUGAGGAAUGUACAUCAGUAUCCACUCUUUCUGACCAAAGCAUCAUGCAAGUGGUGAAUUACGUAUUGGCACAACAGCAAGGACAGAAAAUAGCUGAAGUUACACAAGCCAUUGAAACUGUAAAAGUAGAAGUGGCCCACAUUUCAGAAACAGAGUGAACACCAUCUCUAACAGAGAGCAAGAAGAGUGCAGUAUUGUCAUGUAACAAGCUAAGUAUUAACUGUAUUUGAGGCUUACAGUAAUACUGACUUUCAGAUACUGAAUCUCCUAUAUUGAGUUUCUUGGCUGCAGAAUGAUAUUGCACAAUGCACUGAUUUAAAAAAAAAAGGUAAAAAUGCAGAUACUUCAGUACUGAGCAAGAGUUUGGAAGACCGAUUUCUGCAUCAGUCAUAAUCAAUUAGUACAGAAAGGUCUAAAAAUAAAAUAUUUCCUGUGUAAUGGCA